UGUUAAUAGCACAGACGGGACCAGAAUAGAAGGGCGUCGCAGGAGGAGAGAGGCUCUGCGUCCAGCAUCUGAAACUCGAGACGGGCACAAAAUCACUCAAACUGGUUUAACUCGUCCAGUUUGGUUCAGGUGAGCCGGAGCGAGGGGCAGCACGCGAGAGAGCCCGUUUUAUUCUCGUUAAGCGACACGCGCGCACACACACACACGGAGACACUCCGCACACCUGUCUUUGUCCUUGAGACUGAAGAUAGACAUGUAGCUCCUUAACGGAGUUCAACCGGUCUUUGGUGGUCUGGCCCAUGGGACUCCUCCUUCAUCAGCAACACUUCCUCUCUUCCGACGCUGCUCUCUGCACAGCCGCAGUCCACGGCCACACGCCGUCAACAGCAGAGCGGCUCCGCGCUCUUUUCUUAUUCUUCCAUCCUCCCGGCUUUCAGGCAGAGAGUCCCAGCAUCCCCGCAGCCCCGCCCCCUCACCUCGCUGUCUGCCGGCGCUGCGCCAUCCUCCUCGAUAGCAUGGCGAUGCAAGGCUGUCGGUUUUCCACCUAGACGGGAAGUCAAGACGGGGGCUACAAUGAGUGAAGAGCCAACGGUCUCCCCCAGCUGGCUGAGCCCUGACCCCACAGCAUGGGCCAGCGGGGGCCCGAUGGACAACAGCACCGGCCUGGGGACGUUUCCAUCGGACUCCCUCCCGCUGCUGGUCAACCCCUGGGACAUUGUGCUGUGCUCGUCGGGGACUCUGAUCGCCUGUGAGAACGCCGUGGUGGUGCUGGUGAUCUGGCAGAACCCGGCGCUCAGAGCUCCCAUGUUCCUGCUGAUUGGCAGCCUGGCACUGGCCGACUUCCUGGCCGGCCUGGGCCUGGUGCUUCACUUCACCUGUGCCUACUUUCUUCACUCCGACUCGGCCCAGUUGCUGACCGUGGGCCUGGUGGUGGCCUCCUUCUCCGCCUCCGUCUUCAGCCUGCUGGCCAUCACCAUUGACCGCUACCUGUCGCUGUACUAUGCCCUCACCUACAACUCUGAGCGCACGGCGGCCUUCACCUACACCAUGCUCGUGCUGCUGUGGGGCCUCUCCCUGUGCCUGGGCCUGCUGCCCGUCACAGGGGUCAACUGCCUGGCCGAGGAGGCCACAUGCAGCGUGGUGCGACCGCUCACCAAGAACAACAUCGCUGUGCUGUCCGUUUCCUUUCUGCUGCUCUUCGGCCUCAUGCUGCAACUCUAUGUUCAGAUCUGCAAGAUUGUGAUGCGCCACGCUCAACAGAUCGCCCUCCAGCACCACUUCCUGGCGUCCACGCCCCACUACGUCACAACGCGGAAGGGCGUGUCCACGCUGGCCAUCAUCCUGGGUACCUUUGCUGCCUGCUGGAUGCCAUUCACUGUCUACUCUCUCAUUGCCGACUACACCUACCCUCCCCUCUACACCUACGUCACGCUGGUGCCUGCCACCUACAACUCCGUCAUCAACCCGGUCAUCUACGCCUUCAGGAACCAAGAGAUCCAGAAAGCGCUGUGGCUGGUGUGCUGCGGCCGUAUUCCUGCCAGCGUGGCCCUGCGUGCACGGACCCCAAGUGACGUCUGACCAAACGGACCCAGGUGGGAAGAGAGAGGCGCCUUGAGUCAGCUCUGCUCCUCACUGGAUCUGACUGGUGUCAAAGAGAGCAGCAGAAGGCAGAAGGUCAGGGGAAGUGGCCGAGGGCUGUGGCUUUAGUUCUGGCUGGUGAUGUUCAGUAUACACAGCCCACCAGGAUGAAUGGCGUUUUGUCUUUCUUUGUUCCAUUCACCAUAGGGCAAGGUGUCUCACUGUCUCCCCCAGUAACGGCGGCCACCAUCCCGCCCCCUCCUGUCCAGCCCGUGCCACGCCCUUCCUCUGUUCUGCAGAGCGCGCUGAGUGCAUCCCACGUUACAGGCAGCAGCGGUAUAUACACUGUGCGUAUAGUUAAGAGCACUGGAACUUUGGUUGACAAUUGCUGGUGUUUCGUCCAAUAGGGAGGGAUCAUUAGUGUGGGCACGUGCGUAGAAACGCACAGAUUACCUAAGGAGUGUGUGCGGGGCGGAGAGGAGAGAAGGGAACGGCUGAUUGCGCAGACGUUUCCACAUCAAGCCCGUCUGGAGCAGCAUCCCGGCGCUCUGCUGCUCCACUCUGAACGUGCGUCGAAGGCUAAAUAGCCGCGGAGAGCUAAAAAUAGACCCGGCGCUCUCUGAUCCGCGCCCCGCGUCCUCCACAGACGUCGAGGAAGAAAUCAAGCCGUUUCGUCUUCCCCUCGUCUCUCCAAAUGUGUCUUCUUUUCUCUCUGGAUUUGUGUGUGAAUGUGUUACAUCUCGCGAGUGGGAUUCUCACGGUAAAGCCCCAGGAGAUCCCACCAUUAACCCCUCCUCCAUGUUGAUCAUUAAACCAAACCGAAUAGAAAACCAUCGGAUUAUGUAAACACCUACAGCCCUCCUUCUCCACCUUUUUGAAUGGAGAUUGCUUAUGACUUUUUGAACGUCUGGAAUUUGUAAUGUAAUGUGCAAUCAUAAUUUAAUUGAGAAGCACCCACCUAUUUGAACAAUUAUUGAAUUAUAAGGUCAGGCCUAGUUUUUAAAUCACACAACAGCUAAAUGAAUUAUGUAGGAUAUAAAAUUAACGUUAUUAUCAGAUCAUUACAAACCUAAAAGGCUAACUAGAAAAAAUAAGAUUUUUUUGGGAUGGAAAUAUGCUAAUUCUGAACGUAUUUCCAUUAAUUUGAACACCAACCACAUAUCUGAUCUGCAUGCUUGACUGCAGUGUGACCUGCAUGCAACAAGCACAGAUGCUCUAUUUGCCUCCUUGGUUCAGUGUGGUUGGUCACACUGGUGACUCCAAGCCAUGGGACAUACCCUGAUGUCAUCAUGGCCCUGAUAUUUUAGUUUUUCUACAGUGUACCUCACAUGUAUCACAUUGAAUGAGCUAAUCAUCACUUGAUGGUCACAAUAGUUGCACCCUUUUUUAAAGUGCAGAUACGUUUGAAGUUUAGAGGCUCUGCUUUCAUCGUGAUUUGAGUCCAACUAAUUGUGGUUCAAUGAAAGCUGAAAUCGCAACACUAUACCAGCUGCUCUGAGUUAAUCCUCCAUUAGUUUUUGGUCUCAUAAUUGGUUUGAAAACCCUCCGAACAUGCACGCCGAUUACUCAUUCCUUCAUAUCUUGUCAGCAAUAACAAGCCUUUGAACGGUAGUUAUUUAGCAAUACUCAGACAGCAAUAACACCACCUCCCACCAUUUCUUCCUCCUGCGGCGUGAAGUAUAAUGGCCGCUCAGGUGGGGAUGUGUUGUAGUGAAAGUGCUCAGUGAGCUGCAAAUCAUCUUCAAAUAGGUUUUAGGGAAAUCACUCCUGGGCUGGAAAAGUGCACGAGAUCAAAUUACUCCUGUCAGUGACACCACUGCCUCAUUCCUCCGCAAUGAUGUGUUCUUCUUCUCUGAACUAAAAUUGGGCUUUGAGCAUUUUUCACACCAAAAAAGGUGAAAUUGAUUGAUUUGUUGCCUCUGCCUUUUGUGAGCAUAUGAGCUGUCCUAAGUCUCGUAACCUCAAGUCUCUGUGCGAUUUGGGGCUGUGUUUUCGUGCAUACGGUAUGAGUUGCAUGACCUCUGGGUGUGUGCAUGUGUGUGUCCGUGUAUGUGUGUGUGUUUGUCUUUAUGAUCCAGCAGCUCGGCAGACCUGAAUCUAUCUCCUUGUACAGGGGUAAAACGUGUCUGAGGGAUUUGACCCCCUGACCUUUGAGGAUAUUGCUGCCAGUCUUCCUGUUAAUUCUGAGAGAAGUGGCCUCGUUGUGUGUUUGUAGAGCUUGUUUCAAGAGAUACUCAGACGUGGAAGCUUCUGCACUUCAAGCCAAAGUGAAAAGGACUCACUUGGAUCCAAGUCCUGCUGUGGUUUUUCUGUCUGCUCUUUAUCUCUCAUAUUUAAAUAAAUCCAGUCUGGUUGAGGUAGGCGUCCUCUAAGUGACCUCUGAAUAAUUCUAUGAGCUAAAUGUGGUCACUUCCAAAUAAAAGAAGUGAUGCUUUUCCUUUCCUUCCUCGCUCCCUCCCCUCUAAGCAAGCCUGAGGCCUUUGAGGAGCUUCCAAUCCUCAUCUUUCUGGCCUCAUCAGGUGCAAAGCAUUAAAAAAAGGUGGGAGGGAAGGUAAGUAAGAAAAGCUGAGGAAUAGCAUUUCUGAGCAUCGGAACGUGAACUUGUGCACAGUGUCGGACUGAAGAACCAUGUUGUUAUUAAUGAGCACCGACGGGUCCGGCUGGCACGUCACACACCAUCACAAACUCUUGUUUCUUUACAUUUUGAGAAAAGUCUAUUUUGUUAUAUUUAUUGAAAAGGUCUAUUUUUUGCCACUAUAGUCUGGCCUGAAUUCUUUCAAAUUAUGUUGUGAUAAAACGUCGCUGUAAAGCCUUUUUUUGAAUGUAAUAAUAAUCAAAUUGUUGACUUAGUUUCUGUAAAUACGGCAUGCUGAAGAGGAAGGACUUAAAACCACCUUGCAUGGUGCUACCAAAGCCUGUCGAGCCUCGUCAAAUUAUGGGAUGAGUUGGGUUGCACCUUUUUCUUCAAUAUGCACCAGUUUAUUAAGGCUGGUUAAUGGAUAAUUGAUUGGUUAUACAUCUUUGAGGGGAAAAUAUGGUACACAAACAUUCUCUGGUAGGUGAAUGUUGUUCUCUUGUGCAGUGUUGUUGAGAUUUUCAUGAUUGAACAGGUGUGAACAAGGGCUUUGUAUCCAAGAAAAGCAAAAGACUGAAGUUGGAUGUAAUAUUCUCUGUAUACACACACCUGUUUAUCUGUUGACUUGUUUCGCGGUGUAAUAGAGCAUAAAGUUGUGUGCAAAGCAACUGGCUUUGUGAGAAUAUGACUGGCUGUUCAGCAGGAGGUUUUCUUUCAGAUGGUUACUAAUCUAGAGCUAAAUAUCAAAACACUCAAGGGCCUGUGAAUGUUUGUUUGUGUGUGUGUGUGUGUUUUAGGGGUAUGAGACGGAAGGGCACCACAGUAACAGCAUCUUGUGUAGACGUAUGCAUAGUUUUCAAUGUGAAAUGCACUUUACUUUUUGGAUGAAAAUGGCACAACAAACUAAGUAUCUGCAAAAUGAAACGUAUAAAAGAUAAUCAACAUGCACUAACUUUACUGAGAUAUUAUAUAAAUGUUUGUGUGAACGUGGUGUCUAUUUUUCCAAAGUGUUAGUUGUACUUUUUAUUGCUUUGGUUAGUUCACUCAAUUGAGAGAUCUUGUUAAUUUCGUAUUAAAAAACAAAAAAGUGCUGUGC